GUUGGAUUUUAUGAAAUAGAACGAACCAUUGGAAAAGGAAAUUUCGCUGUUGUGAAGUUGGCUAGACAUCGAAUAACGAAGACUGAAGUCGUGUGAUGUCACCAAAAAUAUACAGCAUUUAGAAACGGUAUGUAACAGCCCUUUCCGGUGAAAAAUGAUAGAGAUGUGUUCAGAUCGGAUUUACAAUUUUCCAGACGGGGAUAUGCCAUGUAUUUAAUGGCUUCGAAAACCAAAGAAAUGUUGAUCAACUAGGGGUACCAGAACCAUCCAGAUAGAGCCUUGAAGGAAGUUGUACCCCAGUCAUGAUAAGUAAAGUGUAGCGUCUUGUAGAAGGUGAGAAUCUACGAAAACACGUGGUCGUCUUUUUUCACGACAGCUAUACAACGUAAUUAAGAAGGAUCUCAGUCUGGAAAAGCAACACAAGUCACGUGUACAAAGGUUGCUUCCACGGUGUAUCUGUUCAACCGUCGCAACCUCUAGCAUCUGGAGAAUGAAAUGGUCAUUCACAAUAUAUUCCAUACGAAAGCAUCUAUUGAUAUCUGUGCCAUAGAACUGUUGAAACUGGUGAUAGGAUACCGUCGUCCUCGUACAUUAGAUGGAUCAUGUAAAGUAUGCAGGGAAGAAUGGUGGCUAUUAAGAUUAUAGACAAAACUCAGCUGGAUAAAGUAAACUUGGAAAAAGUUUACCGUGAAGUUCAAAUUAUGAAACAACUUUCUCAUCCUAAUAUCAUCAAACUUUAUCAGGUGAUGGAAACGAAUAGCAUGGUUUAUUUGGUUUCAGAAUAUGCCAGCAACGGAGAAAUAUUUGAUUUUAUUGCCCGAAAUGGAAGAAUGACGGAACCCAUGGCUAAAAAGAAAUUCUGGCAAAUUUUGUCUGCUGUAGAAUAUUGCCAUAAUCAUCGCAUUGUACAUCGAGAUUUAAAGGCGGAAAACCUUUUACUUGAUGAAAACAUGAACAUCAAAAUAGCAGAUUUUGGCUUUAGCAACUACUACUCACUAAAUGACCGGUUGAAAACUUGGUGCGGAAGUCCCCCCUACGCAGCGCCGGAAGUUUUUGAAGGGAAGAAUUAUAUUGGCCCAGAAGUUGAUAUAUGGAGUUUAGGUGUGGUCUUAUACGUGUUGGUGUGUGGAACUUUACCGUUUGAUGGUAGUAGUCUUCAAGUUUUACGGGAACGUGUUUUAUCUGGUCGCUUUCGCAUUCCCUAUUUCAUGUCCUCAGAGUGCGAACACUUAAUUCGUCGAAUGUUAAUUUUGGAGCCAAAGAAAAGAUAUAACGUAGAGCACAUCAAACAACACAAGUGGAUGCAGACGGAAAUCUCCUCUUCUCUUCCACAAUAUCCUUGCCCUACCAAUGACACCAGAGAAGAAACAAAGCUUGGAGAAUUCAACGAACAAAUACUACGGUUAAUGCAGAGUCUAGGAAUAGAUGCAGCUAAAACUAAAGAGUCUCUACUGAAUGAAAAAUAUGACCAUCAUGCUGCCAUCUAUCUUCUCUUAUUGGAUCGUUUGCGACAGUAUCAGAAGAAUAUUUCAUCUGCUGCUGGAAAACAACCGACAGAUAGUUACCAUCCUCGUAGGCCUAGCACCAUAGCAGAACAAGCAAUGAGGAAAUUAGACACUUGUUCUCUUGCAUUCACUUCAUAUCAGCCACCAGGUGGCCCAACAUCUAGCUCACCCAUAACACACGGAAAUGUGGUUGAUUCUCAAGUCCAGCCCCGACCAUACAUUGGUGAUAUGAGACAUCGUGUUUUUAGCAGAACAACUGAUGGAACAACACCUUCCAAUGAGCCAUCUGUUGGCCAUGCCUACCGGAUAAACGAAAGAGUGAUAGAACAGUAUGCUGUACCUGAAGGAUCACGUUUCAGUAAUGUUGCUCAAGGCUCUAAUCUCCAACGUAGUCAUAUUGGUUCUCAAGUGUCCAGAGUGACAGAGUCUCUGGACGAAGGGGUGGAGGCGGACUUUUAUGAAAGUUCUGAUAAUUCCCAGUCUAUACCUUGUGUUCAACGAAAGCUAUCUUCUAACUUUAUAGAACAAAAUAGUUGUUGCGGCUCCGUAUCUGAAUCAACCGAUAGUCAAAGGGUUAUUCCACCGUUAUGUAAUCUCACACAAAUGCUCAGUUUAUCUGACUCCCCCGUAGGAAGUUUUACCAGCCAAAGCUCAAACUUUGAUAGUUUUGAUUCACAAAUCGAAACUGAUUUUGCCUCUAGUCUGACUUCUCAGGAUAACCAGAGUACCACAAAUCUCCUCGAAAGCUCACUAGCCGUUACCAGUCCCAGCGAAGUGCUCUCACAGACGAGGCUACCUGUUCGAAACAAUAAUGAUUCCACAAUGAUUGGCAGGCAUAACCCUAGAGAAAGCGACUGCAGUGCAAUACAGCCACCUAUCGGUUUCCGAGAAGGCAGGAGAGCGUCAGAUGGACUCCCUACUCAUUGCAUAGCCCCCUUCUGUCGGAGGCUAGGUGAGACGCUUAAGACCCGUGGGAUUAUAGGAUUAAAUAAGAUUAAGAAAAAACACCAUUUUCAGCAUUUGUAUCUGAAUCAAGUUCGAGUAGCGCAACAAACCAAGCAUCAACAGCAGCCUUGUCAUGAUGGGUCAAAUGUCGCUGAAAUGCCAUCUUCUGAAAUUUCGUCCACUGACCACCGAAAAGUAUUAGUGGUUAAGCGAGUUAGUCUCCCAGAGAGUUUCAAAUAUACACCACUAGCCUGUUCUUUAAGACAACGCAUAGUUAGUGAAGAGUCCCAGGGAAAGCUGCUAAACCAGAGUAAACCGUUGCAGCAGCAAUUGCUACAUCAAAAACUACAGCAGAAGAGACAGAUACUUCAAAAACAGUCGGCACUUCGACGCCAGAUGGUACGACAAACAUCGUACAAACUAGUACAGCAAACACCGGCGCUUCCCCCUCUUCCCACUGAUUUUUUCAAUCCUGCGUUGUCCUUCCAGCCUAUAACUGAAGACAUAUCGCUCCCCUCAGACGAAGAAGGGGAUUCUCACUAUCUUACUGAUCGUCAGAACCCUCGUAUAGAUCGAUCCGAAGAGAAGACGCCAACCCCAGAAACAACUGAACUCGAGGAGACUGUGUCCUUGCAAGUGAAGUCUCCCUUCUUCAAACCACCAAAAGAGAAUUUUGAAACUUCUUCCACGGAAACAGACAUCACUUUUGAUCCUAAUAAUGCAUCGGCCUGUGGGGACAAUGUUAUCUAUCCUAGUGAGUCUAUAUUUAAUGCGCUGCCCCAGUGAUGAGUUUUGAUUGAGUAUAUAUUUCUGUGAUGCAUUGUGCAGUUAAACUCACAAUGGACGGUUUGAAGUGAUCUACAACAUCUAUUACAGAUAUUGGUGAACACUCCUGUUAUAGAUUAUAACUUAAUGAGCACUUAAUUGUUGGAUGUUAAUGUUUUAUUAGUACCAAACAUAACUAAAGGUAUUAUAACUAAUGGUAAUGAUAAGAUUUUUCAAAGAUUUCAUGCGAAUUAAAGCAAACAAAUUCUAUCUUAUAGAUUAUUCACUAUAGUUGUAAUAUAGCGUUCUUAAUUUUAUCACCAAGCGAUCUCAAAUAUUCACAAAAUAGGCACUUGAACUUUUUUUGAAUAACCAGAAGAGAAAUGCCAGAUAAGAUUCAUGUGGUUCCUUAUAGUUUUAUUUUUUAGGUCUGUAAAUACGUGAAAUUAUAAAACUUUAGUAUCUAAAAUUAUAUUUAUGAGUGUAAAUAGAAAAAAAAGACUGUAGCUAAAAGUUGAGUUCCAGUAACUGUUGGAAAAAGGUGUAAAACAAUACAAUAUAAAUAAUUUUUGCACAAAGUAAGAAAGUCAAAAUAAACAUUCAACAAUAAAGUAUAUGCAGUAAAAUCUGCUACACAAUUAAACCUUUGUUUCAGAAGCAAUAUUAUAAUAAAAUAUAUUGAAACGUUCUGCCUGUGACUGUCACCCUACAGCAUUCUGUUCUUAUAUAUAUUAUUUACUCAUUACUUCUCUUUUGUUAUUGGCGUUUUCUACUGUUCCACUUGACCUAUGAUUUUUGCAGAUGUUCAAUAGCUCCGUAUUGAGUAAUAUGUACUUAAAUAUCUUUAUAAGCCCUUGAAUAUGUAAGGUUUGCUAAGAGGCGCUGUUUAGUAUCUUUAUAAGCCUUUGAAUAUGUAAGGUUUGCUAAGAGGCGCUGUUUAGUAUCUUUAUAAGCCUUUGAAUAUGUAAGGUUUGCUAAGAGGCGCUGUUUAGUAUCUUUAUAAGCCCUUGAAUAUGUAAGGUUUGCUAAGAGGCGCUGUUUAGUAUCUUUAUAAGACCUUAAAUAUUGUAAGGUUUGCUAAGAGGCGCUUUUUAUCUUCCUUUUUUUUUUGAAACAAAUGCUAACACGCGUACCUUCAAGGUCAACAAGUAGCGAACUGAAUUAAAUGAGUUGUUUAACUUAUCGUUAUCGAAAUUAUUUUAUUACAUCUAUACAAUAAUAUUUUUGUGAAAUUGUGAAUGAUAUAUAAUAAAUGAAACGGCCAUGAUCUCCAGAUAAUCUGUCAAAGUUUUUUUAUAUAUUCAUUUACUCAACGUUUCAAUUUUGCGCCUUUAUCAGGAACACAGAUUUUCUGUAAUUAGCUCUGCCACUCAUAAUCAGCCCGUUGUAUUCUAAGAAUUCAGCCAAGUACAAGAGUAUAUCUCGUAUAUGAUUACUUCUGUUUUUACAGAACCCAUGGCACAAAUGAAAAUGAUAUAAUGUAAAUGAAAUUGUUGCAUAAAGAAAUAAUAUUUUACAUAGUAAAAGGAAAACCUGUACGAAAAAAAGUUGAAUAGAAUUAGACAAACUGAGUUAAAUAAUUAUAAAUAAUAUUCAACGUUAAACU